UAUAAACAGGGCGCUAAGGAAUUCCGGGCUAGGAAGUGACCUUGCAAGCAAGGCAAUGUUGCAACAACAUUACCCUUCCAUGAACCGUGCGGCCGCUGAGGGUUCUCGGGCUUUCGGUACAUCCAUGGACACUGGGAGUGUUGGAGAGGACAACCCUGGGCAAGCUCAACGUCACGUCCCAAAACCGUCUCUCGUUUCUGGCGCAGCCGACAAGGUCACUGCGCAGAAACGACCUACGGAUGAACCCAUCGGUCCCUUGAUCGCUAAGCCUAUGCCUCGUAACUUGCGUUUAACCGGAAAGACCUCGUCCAACGCGAAGGCGGUGCCUUUGACAACCCCAAGUGUGGCUAAGGAACCACCAGCCCUAACCCCUAUGGCUCUUGUUGAGCCUCAGUCAUUAAGCAAGGUCCAGGCAGGCACCUGCAGUUGGGCUGCCUACAUCUCCUUCUCCACCCCUCUCCGAGAUUGGUCUGUUUGGUUCGAGGUCAUUGCUCGAGCGAUUAAAUCCGAACAAAGGAGGAAGGGGUUUUGGUUCAUCCCGAGGCCGUGGAGGGACUUUUUCGAGUCUCCCUCCCUUCCAUGCACGGCCUCAUCUGAGAGGUGAACUUCCAUAUGCUCGUCGGGCACGAGCACCGCGUCAGGGUGACCUGUCACCUCCGAGGCCCGCACCACGUCUCCCAGUAUUGCCUGUUUGU